AUGUUUUAAGAAAUAAAACAAUUCACACAAAGAUCUGCACGACUAGUCAAGACUUUUAUUGUGUAUAUCACUUCCCAAAUGUGAAACAUCACCUUUUUAACUUGUUAAAUAAACCAUGCUUGGAUAUCUUCCAGUUAGUCAAAUUUUAAAUACGAAUUUUGGAAAGUAAAAUUCAAUGAUAUAAAAUAAAUUAUAUAAUAGUCAAAACACAGCUAACUGAAACUGAAAUCUUAGGUAAAUGUUAACGUUUGCUAUUGACUUUUAGGAUGAAAAUAAACGAAAUAACUUUUCUCAGAAGUUCAACGUAUUGGAAUAAAUGGGGUUUUCUUUUCUUAACAUUUAUUACAGCAAAAUAAAAAAAUGAGCAGGUAACAGUAUAAAUCAUCAUUGCAAUGACAAGGGUCUCUCUGACACAAGUCAUCAUUGAAACCCCCAAGCCCCCACAUAGACCUCCCCCCCCCCCUCCCCUCCCCCUCCUCCUCUCUCUCUCUCUCUCUCUCUCUCUCUCUCUCUCUCUCAACAUCUCAAAUUUUUGAAUUAUAUAGUAGUCGUAUUAAUCAGCAUCAUUUUCUCGAGAAAAUCUUGAAAAUCUUGAAAAUCCAAGAAAAGAAUUAUCUUUUUUGGAGAAAUGGGUGAAAGAGAUGAUGGGUUAGCUCUGAGUCUAAGCUUGGGGUUUAGUCAACCAAAGGAACCAUCCCUGAGGUUGAAUCUAAUGCCUUCUACAACUUCUUCUUCGUUUCCUCGCAUGCAAAAUCACAAGAAUAAGCAUCUCCCGAAGAAAACUCAUCACAGCUCUUGGCCUCAUCUAUUUCAGCCUUCUGGAACCACACGUAUAACCGCAGAGAGAAACUCCAACUUUGGAUCUUUUCUGAGAGGUUUCGACGUGAACAGACCUCCAUCGGUGGCGGUGGUGGUUGACUUAGACGAAGAGACGGCCGGCAUGUCGUCUCCGAACAGCAACGUUUCGAGUGUGAGUGGAAAUAAGAGGGAUCUUGCUGCAGCGGCGAGAGGAGAAGGAGAUGAAACCGAGGGGGAGAGAGCUUCUUGCUCACGCGGCGGCGGAAGCUGUGGAAGUGACGACGAAGACGGAGGAAACGGAGACGGUUCAAGAAAGAAACUCCGGUUAUCGAAAGAACAAGCUUUGGUUCUUGAAGAGACUUUCAAAGAACAUAGCACUCUUAAUCCGAAGCAAAAGCUGGCACUAGCGAAACAGUUGAAUCUGAGGACAAGGCAAGUAGAAGUGUGGUUCCAGAACCGCAGGGCAAGGACGAAGCUGAAACAAACGGAGGUUGAUUGUGAGUAUUUGAAGAGAUGUUGCGAUAAUCUAACGGAGGAGAAUCGUAGGUUGCAGAAGGAAGUAUCUGGGCUCAGGGCGUUGAAGCUGUCUCCAAAUCUCUACAUGCAAAUGACUCCUCCAACCACUCUUACCAUGUGCCCUUCUUGUGAACGUGUCUCAGCUUCCUCCUCUACUGUGGCUGCUCCUCCUCCUCCUCCCUCGUCUUCAUCAGCUCACUAGGGAAGAGUAUUCUCGGUAGUUUUAGUUAGUAUAUACUAUAAAUAUAAGAAUGAAAACUGAAACUUAAAGUUUUCAUGCGAGAUUAAAUUCUAUCUAUUACAAAAUGAGAAAGACGUCAUCUGGAUCUGAGACUUUUAACACUGUAAACUAACUCUUUGACAUAAUGUGUUGCAUCUCCUGUUAUAAACUC